AUGGCAUUGGACAGUGAGUACGUCAAUCAAACCGUCAUACUGCACUCCCCCUUCCCCCCGCCCGUUCGUGACCGCUUCGUGCACUUGAUUGAAGCUGUGCUGAGAGGCAAAUCCGGAGGUGAAGAAGUACUACAGGAGUACCAAACAACAGAAACCCUGACAGAUGCUGCAAGAAGACAAAUGGUUAACAUCCUGGUGGCUCACAUGAUUGACAAUCAUGGGCACCUUCCCACUAAAGAAACCAGAGAGGAUUAUGCACAUGGGAUAGUGAUGCUGUUCCCUUCCCUCAGGGAUCCAUAUUCCAAGAAGGGCUAUGUGGACCAAGACUUCACUCUCCUAUUUGAUGAUGACACAUCCUCCAGGCUUCUUCAGAAAUGGGAUUUGUUCUUCAAGCCAAAUGUCAUAAAAGAGGCUAAGCAGCUCACUUCAACACCAGAGUUGCGUCACUUGGUGCAGUCAGCAGAAAGUCCCCAAGGAGCUCCAGGGGGACUGAAGUCUCCAAAAAUUAGUGCAUCUGAUGCAGUUGAGAGACUUGUUGUCUUUCAUAAGUCAUGCUGCAGUUUGGAGGAGCAUCUCCGCAACCAGCAGGGUCGACAGCCAUACCUCCUUGCGGUCGGGCGUCAGAAGAGCAAGAUUGACAGCUUCUAUAUCACCAUGGAUAAGCAUCUCAUCCCAUGCAAGGCAAUCCGCUUCCUCGGGGCAUGCGAUGAACUUUUCAAAGCACAUUUUGUGUUUAAUUUGUCUUACGAUGUGGCACUAGUGAAUUUUUACACGUUCCUGCAGACAACAGUGUAUAACAUUGAUGUGGGGAAAAUGAAGGAGUCGCCCAGACUUAGAGAAUUGAGAGCGAGACUGCUUAACCAUCCAGGAGCACUUACACCUUGUGAAUAAGAAUACUUUUGGUUGGAGAUCACGUUAUUUUUUUGUCUAAUAAGCUAUUUACAGAGAGUGUGGAAAGAUGUCUGUAUUAAAAAGUGUGGAAAGAUGUCUAUUAAAAAUG